GAGAUCCUGUUUGAAAACGCGGGAAAGUUUGAUUACAGAACAGGCAGCAGCAACCUGACCAGAAACAUGAAGAAUGAAGUGAAGACCUUGACCCUGGAUCUGAUAGGUCAGGUUGAGGGGUCACAGAGACUACCUACCAUUAAGUCCCUCAUGUUAUCAGAUUACAGUUUAGAGGAGCUUCCAAUGGGCAUCCUCAAGCAUAUGAAGAAUCUCAAAGUCCUUGACCUUUCCCGCAACAAGAUAAAGACCUUUCCAGAUGUGACCUUGAAAACUUUGGAGACCCUUAAUGUCUCGGAAAACCACCUUGAAUCAGUGGACUUUGUCAGGAAUCUCCCCAACCUCAAAGAACUUGUGAUGGAGGGAAAUCCCAGCUUGCACAGUAAACACAAAGUAGAGGCCGUCCUUAAGUGUCCGAGCUUGUUGAAGAUAGACGAUGACAAUGUUAGUUACAUUCACAAACAAAUCCAAUGCAUGAGAGAGAAAUGGCAAAAUCAGGUGCAAGCCAAAUUUGAGGUGCUUUUUGAGGAGAAGUUCACAGAAAAGAUGACUGAUGACGAAUUCCUGCACACAGUGACUGAAUUCAAGAACACCAUCAAAGCUGAUGCUUUGUUUGCCAGUGCCACUUCAGAGGCAGAGAAAAUCAUUAUUGAUCAGGUUGUUCAGGAAACAUCAGAGGACGCUCGCUCAGGCAAACUCUUCAACUCUAAUCAUCGAGCUCCCGGAACACCCAGAAGUGCUCGAUUGUCCAGGAAGCUCAGCUGUAACUCGCCAAGAUCACCUAGUGCCGUAGCCACCACACCAAAACGAAGCAGGGGUCCCUCACAGUCAUCCUUACUGGAGUCCCCCACAAUAAAGAUGCUCAAAACCCCGAUAUCCCCCAUCACUACUCCAAACAAGAGGAAGAGGCGACGCGACAGUGAUGAGGAAUCUGUGUCAAAGCAAGACAGGAAGUACUCCCCAGUCACCUGGACGAUGAGGAAGAAGUCCGCUGUGGAGCACAAUCUGCUCUCAGUGCCUCCCUUAGCUGACUAUGAUCCUGUUUAUUUCCUGAGGUGUCACUCAGAGAAAAAUGACCCAGCGGACGAGAUAACUAAAGUCUGGAAGUGUGCUUUUGAGCCUCGUAUUGAAGAUCCUAAUAAGACGACCAAUAUGUUGGCUACGUGCGGGGGACAGAAGGUGUGCCUAAUUGACUGUAACACGGGGAAGGUGAUGAAACGCUACAGAGAUGACAAUAAAUACGAGUGCUUCUACACCUUAGCAUGGACGACAGUUCAACUUAAAAACAGCAAGCAGGAAAAGACUAACUUGUUGGCUGUAGCAGGUCAGAGUGCAGACAUCCGGUUGAUCCACCCCUCACAGUUCGUGAUGUAUGCUACACUAGAAGGUCACAGAAAGUAUGUCAGCUGCUUGACCUUUCACCCCAAACAACCCACAAUCCUUUUUAGUGGCAGCAGUGAUAGAAAGAUUAUCAUGUGGGACAUCGGAAUUCCGGACAUGAGAGACUAUAAUGUACUGUACAAGAAACUGCAUGUGCUUCAAGCCCCAGACACCGACGCCCUGAAUCUGGUGCUGAGCAUGCCCAGCCAAACCCUGCUGGCCGGGUGUGAGGACUCCUGUUAUGGUUGGAAGGCAGACAGAUUGGACAAAAUAUCUAAGGACCCUGAUUAUCACUUCUACCUGCCCAAAGUAUCCAAUGAUACUGAGAGCAAUGCCAGCACAGAUCGGGAGACAGUGGACGGAUUAACUGCCCUACAGAAUGGCAAUGUUGGGACCAAGUGUGUUGGAGAUGACAUUAUCAGCAUUUGGAAUGUCAAGGAGCAACUGCUAUCCAAAGAAAAUCAAAAGACAGACAGAAGGAAGGUCAAGACAAUCGGGGUCAAACCGACAGCUCUUCUCCACUACACCAAACAGGAAGUGGACUACAUCAAUGUGGGGGCAACUGGUGGUUUGAUGGUGGUAGGUGAUGACAGUGGUAAUCUGAGGUUGUACAAUGUGGAAGAGCUCACUAACAGAAAAUCAAGGUCAUGUGAUGACAUACUGCAGCCCUCCAGGAUUUUGGAGUGGCCUGAAGUGAAAGAAGGACCUGUGAAACCAUUUUGUCAGAAAGAGGCAAUCAUUGUCAACAGUGCUUGUGCAAGUCAUGAUGAGGAGUAUAUUGCAUGCGGGACAGACAACAACCUGGUUUGUAUCUGGAAGAAACAGCAAGGAAGCUGUGAGGAGGAGGAUAUGUGUAGCUGAGGGGUGUGUCAUUGAUUGAGGAUGAAAUGC